AUGUCUACCCAACGGAUUGCAUUCAAGGUCAGUGGUACCGUUCAAGGUGUCGGCUUCCGUGACUUCACACAGAAGCGUGCAUCCGAAUUUGGCUUGAAAGGCUGGGUGAGAAAUACCAACUGUGGACGGGUCGAAGGAGAAGCCCAAGGAACUCCAGAGUCCAUCCAAAAACUGCUCAAAGAGAUUAACAACGGCCCACGACUCGCACAUGUAGUUAAACUGGAGAAGAAAGAUCUUGCCGUCCAGGAUAGUGAAACCCAUUUCGGUGUCAGGCGGACCACCGAGUCGGCCUUUGAUGCUACAAACUGAUUUCAUUUCUCACUGCUUGAUUGUAAUUAGGUGAUAUGUUGUGGCCUGGGUUGAUUGUGGCUUUGAGCGCACGAUUGUAUGUACGUGUAUACGAAUGAACGAGGUGUAUAUACCAAACUGUGGGAC